AUGACCAUGUACAAAAAAGCCUCAUCUAUAGUUUUGAAAUUAAUCAUUUUUAAAAAAAAACAGCUCGUACUUCUGCUCUCAGCCAAUAACAGCGAGCUGGUGGAGCGCCUGGAGGGCGUGGUCUCAGCGUGGGCCAAUCAGAUCAAGCAGGUGCUGACGGAGAGCGAGCAGAUGAGAAAGGAGGCCGAUGAUGUGGGACCGUCAGCUGAGCUGGAGCACUGGAAGAGGCGCAUGGUCACAUUCAACAGUCUGAUGGAGGAGGUGAAGCGUCCUCUGGUGAAAAGGACUCUGGGAGUUCUGCAAGUCACCAAGUCCCGAAUCCUACGAACCUGGAGAGAGCUGGACGGGGACAUCACUGUGGUGGCUAAUGAGGCGAAGGACAACGUGAAGUAUCUCUACACUCUGGACAAGUUCUUUGGACCUCUGGGGAAAUGCACUCCGACCAGCAUGCUGGAGCACAUCCCCGGUCUGAUGACCAGCAUCAGGAUGAUCCACACUGUCUCUCAGUUCUAUAACACCUCAGAGAGAAUGACCUCUCUGCUGGUCAAGGUCACUAACCAGAUGAUCACCACCUGCAGGAGCUACCUGUCGCAGGGCGUGGCCCGCAUCUGGGACCACAGCAGGCCCGUGCUGCUGCAGCGUAUCUCAGACUGCUGUAACCUGAAUAAGGAGUAUCAGAGGAGCUUCCAGAGCGUCAGAGACAAACUGAGAGAAAACCCUGAAAACAGACAGUUUGACUUCAGUGAGAACUACAUCUUUGGGAAGUUUGAUGCUUUCUGCCGUCGUCUGGAGAAGGUCGCUGACAUGGCGUCUUCACUGGAGAGCCUGGCUGCUCUGCAACACAUGAAGGUGGAGGGCAUUGAGAAGAUUAAUGUUCGCUACCAGACCAUCGUCUCCACAACCAAGUCCAAGACCUAUGACGUCCUGGACCUCCGCAGGCUGGAGUUUGACAGUGACUAUGCGGACUUCCAGCUCCAGGUUCAGGGUUUGUUCCAGUCUCUUCAGUCUUUGCUGGACUUUUGGUUCCAUCAGUCUCUCACUGUGAGUUCAGCACCUUCAGAACUGAAACCAACCUUUACGGAGCGGAUGCUGGAGCUGCUGGUGGUGUUUGAGUCGGGUCCGAUGGCCUGUCUGGACCUGAAGCAGCACUACCUGCUGCUGCUGCAGCGCUACAGCAGAGAGCUGGAGCUGCUGAGGAAGACCUACCAGAGACAGAGAGAAAGACCGCCCACCGGCCGCAACCUGCCACCGGUGGCAGGUAGGGUCCUGUGGUGUCGCCAGCUUUUCAGGAAGAUCGAAGCUCCCAUGUUGAUCCUGAAGAAGAAGCUCGACCUCCUGAAGGGGCCAGAGAUGAGUAAAGUGAUCAGGAGCUACAACAAGAUGGCCAUGGUGUUGCUGCAGUAUGAGGUGCUGCACCUGCAGGGCUGGAGUCAGGCUGCAGAGAGCGCCCCGCACUGCCUGAACGCCGCCCUGCUGGUCCGACAUGAGAACAGCAAGGUGCUGGAUGACCAACGCAUCUUUCAAGGAAUAUCGAGGCCUCCGUUUUUAUUCUUGACCAAGUGA